GACAUGGUCGGCAUCACCAAGGACUCGCUGGUGGAGAAGCUGAAGCGCGCCUACCAGACCCUCACGGCGUCCGACGAGACGGCGAACAUCCAGGAGGUAGACGCCACGUUCGAGAAGUUCUACCAUGGCGCGCUGAUUGUGAAGCUGCGCGAGAUGCGCCCCGAGAGCCGCGAGAAGAAGCUCGACGCCCAGCCCGAGGUCCAGGAGACGGCGUUCGAGCGUGAGAAGCGGAUGAUGUGGGAGUCCUUGCAGGCGGGCGGCUUCAAGUUCAGCACGCAGAAGAAGAAGGGCAAUGCCACUGCUGCUCGGUGGGACCGCGUGAUGCAGAACGAUAAUCAGUGGUCGGAGAAGCACAUGAAUGCGGAGGGCAACCCUGCGAAGAAGGAGAUUCGCCAGGAGUGGGCGAAGUGGGAGUUCCACAAGUGGGAGAAGCGGCGGUCCUUCGAGAAGUCGGUUGGCAACACCAAGUCGCAGAAGAUGAAAGGCGUCUACAUGCCGUUGGCGAGGCUGGCAUGGAAGCUUGGCGGAGGGCCUCAGGGCCAAAAGAUGUCCUACGCGUACGCGGCGAAGGCGGUGGUCAUGGGCGGCAUCUGGACGAAGUGGUGCAACAUGACGGACUGUCUCAUGGUCCUCUUCGUGGAGCACGCCUUGGAGGACACCUGGACGCAUGCGUGGGUGAGCUACGAGACAUGGAUGGAGGCGGGAUCUGGCAGCGACGGUCGCGCAGGUGGCGGCGCUCGCGGCGCUGGUGGUGCAAGUGCAGCGGUGAACAAGCUCGGCGACGCGGUGUCCGAGACGCCCAAGCACGGAGAGCUGCAGGAGCCACCCAUGAGCACCGAGAAAGCGACGAAGGCGGAGGAGAGCCGUGCAGGCAGCGGUGAGCCGAAUAAAAAGAUGGUCCAGAAAGCAACUGAAUGGUUGCUGGAGUUCCGCAAGGUCAGGGCGCUGUACACGAAGAACAUUUCGCAGGAGAGCAGGGGAGGGCCCCGCAGGGUGGAGGGCAUGCCACAGGAGAUGAAGACGAUGCAGACU